AUCACUGAGAGACUGCCCACUGCCGUCGAGUGUUUCUGAUUGAGGUGUUUUUGCUAGCGUAUAUAUAUUUUCCUUGAAGGAAAAAAAUAAAAAUACUGCCGAGCAUAGUGCUGAUCUGGCCGAAACACGAAGCUAGGGCAAGAGCCAAUCGUGCUUCAACAAGGACGGAAGGAAUUCAUAAAAUUGUGAAACACUUCUUUUCUAACUCUUGAGGUGGCAUUUUCCAAAAUGACGAACAGAUUCCUGCCUUGCAAGGCGGUGCUACCAGUGACGUCACUUAACCGCAGCUUCCUCAAGGACAACAACUACGAUACGGUCUGUGUGAUCGAUGGUUCGCAAGUCCCGGAAGAAUUGAAAUCAUGCUUCGCUGCUUGCAAAGAAGUUGACGCGGCAUUCGACACCGAAGUUUGCUGCUUCAAAUCGAGUGUUCUGGAUUGUCGCAUAAUUUAUGCUCCUAUCGGAAAGUUAACCGAUUUUGACGACGUUCGGCGAUAUGCAGAAGCGGUGGGCCGUGCAUUUGCUAGAGCAAUCAAAGCUGGGGCCAAGCAACCGUUACUAUUGAUUCCGAGUAGUGCAGAUUUCGUAGCCGCAGAGUUGGUUACGGUACUUGGCGCCUUGGCUGAAGUGUAUGUUCCUUUGCAACUACGAGAGGAUAUUCCGACUAAAAAGUAUCGAUUCGAGCAAAUCGGAUUUUAUUGUUCGGAGAGUUGCAGAUUAAGUUCGAUUUUGAAGGAAGCGACUGUUCUUGAGGCUGGUCGCUUUGUUGCCCGUGAUAUCGGCGGUGGCGAUCCGGAGCGUAUGUCUCCACCACAAGUUGAGAAUUACUUGAAAAAUGGUGUCUUUGAUCAAAAUCUCCUCACCAUGUGGGUUAAAUCGGACACAGAAAUUUUGUUGAAAGAAUUUCCCUUAUUUGCAGCCGUCAAUCGUGCCGCUGCGGUUGUGCCACGUCACAACGGACGAUUGAUAUUUCUGGAGUACAAACCCAACAACCAACCGAAGAAGACAUUGAUAUUGGUAGGAAAAGGUGUAACAUACGAUACCGGAGGUGCAGAUAUUAAAGCUGGAGGUAUUAUGGCUGGAAUGAGUCGUGACAAAUGUGGUGCGGCUGCUGUUGCCGGUUUUAUGAAAGUUGUUGAGCAGUUGCAACCUCAAGGAGUCCACGUGAUUGGUGUGCUAUGUAUGGUUCGUAAUUCCGUCGGUGAAGAAUGCUACGUUUCGGAUGAAAUUAUUACAUCGAGAGCUGGUGUUCGAGUGCGUGUCGGGAAUACUGAUGCUGAAGGACGUAUGGCUAUGGCUGAUGCUUUAUGUUUGAUGAAGGAGCGUGUUAUUGCUGAAAACAUGCCGGAUGCACAUUUGUUUACAAUUGCUACGCUGACAGGACACGCGGUAUUGGCCGUGGGCAACCACUCUAUUGUGAUGGACAAUGGACCAGCCAGAGCCGCCGGCCAUGGUCAGCGACUACAGGAGGAAGGGGAAAAGAUAGGUGAUCCUUUUGAGAUAUCCAUUCUUAGGAAGGAAGACUUUGAUUUCCACGCAGGUGAAUGCUAUGGAGAAGACGUUGUGCAAGCUAACAAUUUACCGUCCAGCAAAACAGUUCGAGGUCACCAGAGUCCUGCUGCCUUUAUUAUGCUUUCUACCGGAUUGGACAAGCAUGGCCUAAAAUCGGAUUGCCCCAUAAAGUAUUCGCAUCUUGAUAUCGCUGGCAGUUCAGGAAAUUUGCCAGAACCUCCAACUGGUGCUCCGAUUUUGGCACUGGCAAGAACACAUUUGCAUAUAUAAUUCUUCGAAUCAUCGCAUAAGCGUAUAUACACCACGUAUUUAAAGGCAUUCGAACUUUAUUGCUUUGCAAAUUUUUACAUCACAACGGUACUUAUAUAGAUAAAAAUACAACACAAAAUGUUUCCAAAACUC